UUAUUAACGCGUACUAAACCGUAAAAGCAGAGAGAAAAAACUGCUAGAGCUUUUAGCAUUCUGCAAUGGAUGUCACUGUUACACUGCUAAGCUCACUGAUAAUCUUUUCUAUUACUUCCACAGGAAGUGGGCUGAGUUUAAACUACUACGACCAGAAAUGUCCCAACGCUGAGUCAAUAGUCGCAAAUGCAGUCAAGGAUGCGAUGAUGAAAGACCAAACAGUCCCCGCAGCACUACUCAGGUUGCAUUUCCAUGAUUGCUUCAUAAGGGGCUGUGAUGCUUCUGUGUUGCUAAAUUCAGUGGGGAAGAACAGUGCAGAAAAAGACGGGCCGCCUAAUGUUUCUUUGCAUGCAUUUUAUGUCAUUGACAAUGCCAAGCAAGAAGUAGAAUCAAAGUGCCCUGGUGUAGUCUCAUGUGCUGAUAUCUUGGCUUUAAGUGCAAGAGAUGCAGUUGUGCUUUCUGGGGGUCCCACUUGGGAUGUGCCCAAAGGAAGAAAAGAUGGAAGAACAUCAAAGGCCAGUGAAACCGUACAAUUGCCAGCUCCCACCUUCAACAUAUCUCAGCUUCAACAAAGCUUCUCCCAAAGGGGUCUAUCCAUGGAAGAUCUAGUAGCCCUAUCAGGUGGCCACACUCUAGGGUUCUCUCAUUGUUCAUCAUUCGAAAACAGAAUCCACAACUUCAACUCCACAACUGACAUCGACCCUUCAAUGCAUCCAUCCUUUGCAUCAAGCUUAGAGAGUAUUUGCCCCAUUCACAAAAAGGUCAAGAAUGCUGGCACCACCAUGGAUCCUUCUUCGACAACUUUCGAUAACACGUACUACAAGCUAAUCCUACAAAAGAAGAGUCUGUUUUCUUCAGACCAAGCUUUGCUUACUUCUCCAAAUACAAAAGAUCUGAUUUCCAAGUUUGCCAGCUCACAAGAAGCUUUCUUCAAGGCUUUUGUGAAUUCCAUGAUCAAGAUGAGCAGCAUAACAGGAGGACAGGAGGUCAGAAAGGACUGCAGGGUGGUCAAUUAAGGGGCUCCUGAACUUAUCUAUCAGAUAAUAUUUGAUACAUAGCAAGCAUAAAUAGUUUUGCUAUUAAGAUCAAUUUAGCAGGAUUGAAAUAAUUAUAAAUCUGUAUGUUCUGUUUGAUACCGUAAAGAAUGUCCACACCACUGUAGGAACUCGAACAUUCUAUGUAAUGUAUAGAUACUUUCUAGUACUGGAUUCUAUAA